AUGACAGGACAAGUCCCAAGUUAUCUUGUACGUAAUUUGAUCGAAGUUGCACUGAGCAGAACCGACCCAAAGCCGGCUAAAAAGACUCGCUCUAACAAGACACUAUGCUUGGCAAUUCCAAGUAAAAGUUUUAAGAAACAAGACAACAGUUUGGAGGACGUCAAAGCACUUCUAAAGCUACACAGACGUUUUGAAAACGAUGCAGAACGGUCGUUAUAUAAUGGAAUGACUAAAACGGAACGGGAGAGGGUAGAAGGUUUCAACUCGGGUGCAUCAAAUUGUAGUGUUUUGCACAAAAACGGCGGAGCUAAACAGGGUUAUUUAAAGGAAAUUCAUUCAAAAUUGUCGCUGCCUUCUUCCCCAGAGCUGCCAGCUUUGCCCAGCACUGAAAAUUCACCAAAACAACUCAAAUAUUAUCCCAAGAAAAACUUAAAUUUUUUUGAAGAAACUCGUAAAAAGGAUAAGGGUGUUUUGCCAGCUUUAGCCGAUAAACCGUUUCAUUCUGGGCAAAAUUUGCCGAGCAAUGAACAAUUUUUACAAGAGAAUUUAAAGCUAAAAGAUUUCGAAAAUUUAGAUGAAAAAAGUUUUGAUAAUUUUAAUCUUCACGAAGAUUUGACUAUAAUUCCUUUGAACAAGAAGAAUUUCGCGUCUUACGAUUCGUUGACGACGCUUUUCGGCGUUCGACCGAAACGGAGUUCUCGGAGUGAUGUCGGAAAAUCACGGAAUACGAAACCGCCUUUGGGAAUCUUCAUUCCAAUUUCGGAAACCAGAUCUGAGGACGGGUUAUUUGUGGAUUUUGAUGAGUAUUUGAAGGAUAUGGCAGACGGGAGGAGCCAGGCAUCUUUGAUAGAAGACGGGGGCAGUGAACAUUGUGAAUCAGAAGGGGGCGGGGAGCUUACUGAACAGUCAUUGGCUUUGGUCGAGUAUAGACCGAUGUACAAAAAGAAUGUGCAUUUCA